CAACAAGCGGAGAUGGUGCGGUCAAGGGUUUGUCCAAACAUCAUGCAAGAUCUUAGAUCAAAGCUAAAAUCCUCUUUGAUGUCUGGAAAGGUCAUCCAAGUUUGUGGGCCGCCUAUGGCGGGAAAGUCAAAUUUAGUGGAUCAGGUAACUGCCGUGGUUCUAGACACGUUGAUUUUUAGGGUUCAACAGGUAUACAAACACAGGUGUACAUUGUACACACACAGGGGUCAAACACAGGGGUCAAACACAGGUAUGCAAACGCAGGGGUCAAACACAAGUGGGGAACCAGUGGUGUGCAUACACAGCAAACAUGUACAAACACAGGUGUACGAACACGUGUGUACAAACACAGGUAUGCACAAACAGGUGUACAAACAAAAGAAUGCAAAUGCAGGUAAAUGCAGCGAUUUUACCUUGGUUGUGUUUGCAGUAAGACAAGUUUAGUCAAAUCUAUGACAUUUUAUUUCUUAUCUUAUUCUAAUGAAAUUAUUAUAUGACUGUUAUAUUAUUUCCUCCCCAUCCCCUCUCCAUUUCCUGUCCAUUUCCUCUCUAUAACGAGACGUCAUUUAAGUAAGUCCGUACUUAUUUUUUUUUUUUGCUAUAUCCAUUUUUGUUGUUUUAUCAAAUGUUUGAACCAAAAAAUUUAUUUUACCAGUUUAAUGCCAUUGGAUUGUCUUUCAAAUUGUUCAAAAAAUUCAUAGUCUUUUAUAUUUGUUUUAAAUUUCAAAAUUAUAUCCAAGGUUAUCCAAGAAUUGCAAACGACACAGCCCAAUGGUCAUCUCGAUGGCCUUAUUUACCAUUCGUUUAGCUGUAAGCGACUGUCGAGACUGGAUGCCGUCCUCGAAAAAGUGAUCACAACUCUACAGCCGAGUGGGACUUGGUCUCCUCAAGCAUCCACUGAAACACGUGUGUUGUAUGAAGUCCAGAAAUGCCUGGUUCGUUUUAGCACAUACCAUCAUGUUUUCGGCUUCCAUAAGUGUGAGAGCUUGAGGAGCUCUGGAGCUGAUCUUGAAUUUGUGUCGUUUUUGUCGAAGUUGGACAAACUUGGGUGGUCGGAGAAUGUCGCAUGCAGUGUCGUGUUCACAACCUAUAAAAAGUUCUCCAACUCAGGUUUAAGCACGGAGAUGGUCCAGGUUGGUUUCUUGACGGACCCUAUUGACAUCAAGUCCCUACUGGAGCUCCACGCCCCUGGAGUUGACGUCAUAGAUUACAUAGGGAUCUGUCAAAAGUUAUUGUGUGUUCCGGAAGCCGUGAUUAGAUUUGCGGAGGAAUAUCUGGUAGAUGACGUCACCAGAUGUAGUCCUCAACAGUUAGAGAAGCGUGUUUGCGUGGACACAGAGUUUCUGUCUAUGAUAUUUGAGAAGAGAGUUACCGAUGUAGCCGGCUGGCUGUCUAAGUCUGACCUAGAACUCCUCGUCUACUUCGGCAAUUCUAUUAAUAGCACUUUUACUGAACGUAAGUGUAUUUAUAGUUGUUUUUCAUUUUGAGGGAACCUAAAUUAAAAAUUAUGUAUAAAAUAUAUCCCAUUAUAUAUCCAUUUACAUAUUUAAUAAAUUACCCAUCACAUUGUUUUUUUUUUAAACGUAUGAUGAAAUUUUAAAAAUUAUUUUUUAAAACUUUCUUCGUUUAGAAAAUCUGAUCGAGUUUCUAAGACGUCAAAUAAGUGUGUACCACUUUGACCAAUGGGUCGCCCUGUUACUUCGACGUCUGCGCGAGAACCACGUGCUACGACCUGUUCCGGGAAAACGAUUAGCUGUCCACCCGCUGCUGGUGUACUACGUCAUGACGUGUCGUAGUGUGAGCGGAAGGACAAUAAAUGACAACUCUUGUAACAGGUAG